AUGUCAUUUGGUGGGAACAAAUUCAAAGGUUCUACUACAGCUAGGUUUGUCAGAAAUCCAGGUGGUUCAUCUUCUAAUAACUAUGCCUUGACUGCACAGCAGUUAUUACAAUCUUCAAAAGUCGAUGAGAUUGAUACUAUGAUGGGGUUUGAAAGAUAUAUACCGCCUCAGUUCAGUGGGUCUGUUGAUCCUAAUAAACUGAAUCAAGUUCCAGGAAGAGUAGGAUGGAUGAUCAAUAUGCAUCCAACUGUAAUAUCUGAAGAUACUCUUCAUGGUACACACGAGGGCUCAAGUAAUGGCGGUAACAUUGGGAUUGCCGGGGUAGACUUCUAUUUCUUAGAUGAAGAAGGUGGCAGUUUUAAAUCUUCUAUUACUUUCAAUCCAUAUUUCUUUGUUACUUGUACUGAUGACACUAGAAUUAAUGAUGUAGAAGAAUUUUUGAAAAAAUAUUUAGAGAGUUGUUUAAAAAGUGUUGAUAUAAUAUACAAAGAUGAUUUAGAUAUGGAUAAUCAUUUAGUAGGUUUAAAAAAGACAUUGAUUAAGCUUUCAUUUAUAAAUUCGAAUCAACUAUUCGAGGCAAGAAAACUUUUAAGACCAAUUUUGGCAGAUAACGAAAACAAUAAAUUACAAAGAGAUCUAUAUAACAAGAACCUUAAUAAUCAAGGAAAAAAUGUAGAUGCAAAACAAUUAAUACACGAUAUAAGAGAAUAUGAUGUGCCUUACCAUGUACGUGUCUCAAUUGAUAAAGAUGUAAGGGUAGGUAAAUGGUAUAAAGUAACCGCGGCUGGAUUUAUAGAGUAUACAGAGAAAGUGGCCUUUGCUGAUCCUGUGGUAUUAGCAUUUGAUAUUGAAACUACCAAAGCUCCAUUGAAAUUUCCUGUUUCUUCAGUUGAUCAAAUUAUGAUGAUUUCGUAUAUGAUUGAUGGUGAAGGUUAUUUAAUUACAAAUAGAGAAAUUAUAUCUGAAGAUAUUGACGAUUUUGAAUAUACUCCAAAACCAGAAUAUCAAGGUAUAUUUACUAUUUUUAAUGAAGUUGAUGAAUUAGCAUUAUUACAAAGAUUUUUUGAGCAUAUAAGAGAUGUUAGGCCCACCGUUAUUUCAACAUUUAACGGUGAUUUUUUCGAUUGGCCCUUCGUAGAGACAAGGUCUAAAAUUCAUGGUCUGGAUAUGUUUGAAGAGAUAGGUUUUGCUCCUGAUUCAGAAGGUGAAUAUAAAUCGUCAUAUUGUGUGCAUAUGGAUUGUUAUCGUUGGGUGAAACGUGACUCUUAUCUACCACAAGGUUCCCAGGGUUUGAAAGCCGUUACACAAUCUAAAUUGGGUUAUAAUCCUAUUGAAUUAGAUCCCGAAUUAAUGACACCUUAUGCAUAUGAAAAACCACAAUACUUGUCUGAGUAUUCUGUUUCUGAUGCUGUUGCAACAUAUUACCUAUAUAUGAAAUAUGUUCAUCCAUUUAUUUUUUCACUUUGUACUAUUAUUCCUUUGAAUCCUGAUGAAGUUCUAAGAAAAGGUACUGGUACAUUAUGUGAAAUGUUACUAAUGGUUCAAGCAUAUCAAAAGAAUAUUGUUUUACCAAAUAAACAUACUGAUCCAAUUGAAAGGUUUUAUGAUGGUCAUUUAUUAGAAUCUGAAACUUAUGUCGGUGGUCAUGUUGAAUCUUUAGAGGCUGGUGUAUUUAGAAGUGAUAUUAAAAAUAAAUUUAAGAUUGAUCCAGAAGUUGUCGAUGAUGUAUUGAAUGACCUUACUGAUGCAUUGAAAUUUGCCGUUGAAGUUGAAAAUAAUGCAGAUUUAUCAAAAGUCACAAACUUUGAUGAAAUUAAAAAUGACAUUACGACCAAGUUAUUAGAUAUGAAAAACAAUUUAGAUAGAGAUGAAUUGCCAUUGAUUUAUCAUGUUGAUGUUGCAUCAAUGUACCCAAAUAUUAUGACUACAAAUAGGUUACAGCCAGACAGUAUGAAGACAGAAAGAGACUGUGCAAGUUGUGAUUUUAAUAGACCGGGAAAAAACUGUGAUAGAAGAUUAAAAUGGGCUUGGAGAGGUAACUUCUUUCCUUCAAAAAUGGACGAAUAUAAUAUGGUGAAGAGAGCACUACAGAACGAAACCUUUAAAAAUAAGAAUAAAUUCUCAAAAAAACCCUUCUUAACUUUUGAUGAAUUAAGUUAUACGGAUCAAGUGACACAUAUUAAGAAACGUUUGACCGAUUAUUCUAAAAAGGUUUAUCAUAGAACUAAAGUUGCAGAAGUUGUAGAAAGAGAAGCUAUUGUUUGUCAAAGAGAAAAUCCAUUUUACGUUAAUACUGUUAGAUCAUUCCGUGAUAGAAGAUAUGAAUUCAAAGGUUUGGCCAAAACUUGGAAACAAAAUAUGUCAAAAAUUGACAAAUCAGAUAAGCACGCAAAAGAAGAAGCUAAAAAAAUGAUUGUGCUUUAUGAUUCCUUACAAUUAGCCCAUAAAGUUAUUCUAAAUUCAUUCUAUGGUUAUGUAAUGAGAAAGGGUUCUCGUUGGUACUCUAUGGAAAUGGCCGGGAUUACUUGUUUAACUGGUGCCACCAUUAUUCAAAUGGCGAGAUCUGUUGUAGAAGGUGUUGGUAGACCAUUAGAAUUAGAUACAGAUGGUAUUUGGUGUAUUCUUCCUAAAUCUUUCCCGGAAAACUACUUUUUUGAGUUGGAAAAUGGUAAAAAGUUAUUUAUGUCAUAUCCAUGUACAAUGUUGAAUUAUAAGGUUCAUCAAAAAUUUACUAAUGAUCAAUACCAAGAAUUAAUCGAUCCAAUUAGGCACAAGUACAAAACACACAAUGAUAAUUCUAUUUUCUUUGAAGUUGAUGGUCCUUACAAAGCAAUGGUUUUACCAACUUCCAAAGAAGAAGGUAAAGGUAUCAAGAAAAGAUAUGCUGUUUUUAACCAUGAUGGCUCUCUAGCAGAGUUAAAAGGUUUUGAACUUAAGAGACGUGGUGAAUUGCAAUUAAUUAAGAAUUUCCAAGGUGAUAUUUUUAAAGUUUUCCUUGAUGGUGAUUCCUUAGAGAGUUGUUAUAAGGCUGUUGCGGAUGUUGCCAACAGAUGGUUAGAUGUUUUAGAUACAAAAGGUACUAUGUUAGAAGACGAAGAUUUGAUUGAAUUGAUUUGUGAAAAUAGAAGUAUGUCAAAAACAUUGAAGGAAUAUGAAGGACAAAAAUCCACUUCUAUUACAACGGCCAAAAGAUUGGGUGAAUUCUUGGGUAACGAAAUUGUAAAAGAUAAAGGUUUGCAAUGUAAAUAUAUUAUUAGUAGUAAACCUGUCAAUGCACCAGUUACUGAAAGAGCAAUCCCUGUAGCCAUUUUUUCUGCAGAUAUCCAAGUCAAAAGAUCCUUUUUAAGACGUUGGUUGAUGGAUCCUACUUUAGAAGAUUUUGAUCCAAGAACUAUAAUUGACUGGGAUUAUUACCGUGAGAGAGUUGCUUCUGUCGUACAAAAGAUUAUUACUAUUCCUGCCGCAUUACAGGAUGUUUCAAAUCCAGUACCUAGAGUUGAACACCCAGAAUGGUUACAAAAGAAGAUUGCAAAGAAGAAUGAUAAAUCAAAACAAAGUUCUUUGAAUAAGUUUUUUACUAAAACCUCAGAACUUCCAUCUAAUAGAAAAGUUAAUGAUAUCGAAGAUAUGUUCAAUUCAGAAGCCGAUGGUAUCAAACCGAAGGUAGCCAAAGUUUCAACUAAGAAAUCGAUUGCUAAAAGAAGAAGAGAACAGAAAACUGCAGAAGAAGAAUCUCUUGUUUUACCAACUGAGAUGCCAUCAAUGGAAGAAGAUUAUGUGGCGUGGCUUAAAUAUCAGAAGAUCAAAUGGAAAAUCCAAAGAAGAGAUCGUAAUCGUAGAGCACAGUUAUUUGGUAAUUCUUCGACCUCGGCAGAUAGAAGUAUGUUAGGUAGCCUUAUUAGACAACAAGCAGAAACAUAUGCAAAUUCUGUUUGGGAAGUUAUUCAAUAUAAACCUUCAGGCCAACCAGGUGAAUUAGAUGUGUUUGUGAACAUUAACGGCAAAAUCCAACUUCUAAAGUUUAAGGUUCCUAAAACAAUUUACAUGAAAUUUAAGAAUGAAACAUUACCAUUGAGUAAAAUAAAAUCAUGUAUAGCAGAAAAGUCUAAUUAUCUAUUGCCAAAUAACCAUGUUUUAAACUAUAGUAGAGAUGGUUCAUUAUUCAAGUUAACUCUUCCUGAAGCAGAAUAUUUAAACGAAAGAGAAGAUUCAACAAGUAUAUUAAAUGAUGAAGGUGUUUUGGGUAUAUUUGAAAGUACAAUAUCUUCUAGCGAAAGAGCCAUCAUGGAAUUGGGUUCUUCUGUUCUAUUUUCAUCAAAUGCAAUGGGUUCCUUAGGUAAAGGUUUGCAAAAAGGUUUCGAUAUGAAAAAUCUAUCUAUGACAGACAAUGAUAAAUACCUUUCUAAAUUUUCUUAUACAAUUAGUUACUUGGUUCAUUUCACGACAGAUAUUGGAUACGAAUUUUUCUGCUUAUACAAAUCAUGGGGAAACAUGGCAGAUAUUUUUGUAUUAAAGCCUUCAAACCAAGCACAAGAAUUAUCAGCAAGUUCAAUUGAAAGUAUGUUUAAGGAAACAUAUGCCAUGAAAGAGGAUAAAUUAGAUAAACUGUCACACAUAAUCGAUUUCUCAGAGGGUGUCAAAUUUGAAGUCCAAAAUUUCAGAGACAUUACAAAAUUAUAUCGUAAAUUAUCUAACAGCAUAACUAAAAUGAAGGAUGAAAAAGGUCUGCAAUUUAUUAUGUUGAUUCAAUCACCUUUUAUAAAUAAGAUCAUGAACACAGUACGUGUGAUUAAUCAAAUACCCACUAUUCACUUGGGAAUGAAGGAACUUUCUUUACCUCAACUGAAUUGGCAAAGUGUUUUGGCGAGAAAAAUAUGUAGCCAUAUAUUGUUAUGUGGACAAUGGUUAUCUCAUUUGGUCGAACUAUCAAGAUAUAGUAAUAUCCCAAUAGGUAAUCUUCAAUUGAAUAAUAUUGGAUAUAUCAUUGAUAUUUUAUACGCUAGAAAGCUUAAAUCUGAAUCCAUCGUUUUAUGGUGGAAUGAAAAUUCUCCAUUAGCAGAUAUUGGUGGGAUUCAAAAGGAAUUUGAUUUGAAUUCUAGUUGGAUAAUGAAUAAUUUAGAUUUCCCUGAGAUAAAUAACCCAGACGUCUAUGAUAACGUGACAUUGGAAGUAUCAAUCAACAAUCUAACUGUUAACACAGUGUUGACAUCGGCUCUUAUCAAUGAUGCUGAAGGUAGUGAUUUGGCAGAUGUAGGAUUCUCAAAUAAUACAGAAUCAGGUGAAACCUCGAGUUCUCUUUUCAUUCAGGACUCCUUCUCGAGUACCUCAUUAAUUGUGUUAAGAAAUUUAUUGAAAACUUGGUGGGAUCAUGCGCUCAAGGAAAAUUCCACUGCAGAUCUAUUAGUGAACUCAUUUGUUUCAUGGGUUCAAAAUUCAGAUUCAAAAUUAUUUGAUGGUUCACUAAGAUACCACGUUUAUAAUUUAACGAAGAAAUCGCUAUUACAGUUAAUGAAUGAAUUCACAUCACUUGGCUCCACUGUUGUUUACGCAGACAGAAAUAAGCUAUUAGUAAAGACUUCUAAACAAUCACCAGCUAAUUGUUACGCUUAUGGUCAAUAUAUUAUUAAAGCCAUUAGAUCAAGUACUACUUUCACAUACUUAGAUUUGAAUAUUGAAAGAUAUUGGGAUUUGUUAAUAUGGAUGGAUAAAUUUAACUUUGGAGGGUUAGCUUGUGUUAAAAUUGAAAAUACUGAGAAGCAAGAAUUAAGUGCAUAUUCACAAUGGCAAAUUAAAAACUUCUUACCCUCGAUUUACCAAUCUGAAUUCGAUGAUUGGAUGUUAAUUAUAUUAGAUUCGAUGUACAAGUCUAAGGAAAAAUAUCUGGAAACCAAUGCAGGAACUCAAAGAUUAACACAAUUGCCACCUCAGAGAAACCAAGAAAUAGAAGAUGAUGAAGUGACUUCAUUAAAUCAUUUUACAGACCUGUUUAAUAAGCCUCUAUUAAAAAGAAUGCAAAAAUUAUUCAGAAAUCAACAAGAAUUCAUUUUGGAUCCUCAAUAUUCUCAAGAUUAUGCAUUUCCAUUACUCCCAGGGUCUCAUUUACAAAUGAAAAAUCCUUUAUUAGAAUUAGUGAAAUAUUUAUGUCAUGUCAUGUUAUUAUCUUCAAAGACUAUUUUAGAAGUAAGAGAAUUAAGAAAGGAGUUGUUGAAGAUUUUUGAAGUUAGAGAAUUUGAUAAAUCUGGUGAAUUCCAAAAUCCAAGCAACAACUUGACAAUAUCCGGAUUCCUAUGUGAAAAUUGUUUUUUUAUUUCUGAUAUUGAUUUCUGUAGAGCUGAUUCAAGCACUAUAUUCAAUUGUGAUAGAUGUCAAAAGGCAUUGAACAAGGAAACACUUGAAGAACAUUUAAUCCAAAAAUUAUGUUCUGAAGUAGAAGCUUACAUCGUCCAAGACUCACGUUGUAGUAAAUGUCAUAAAAUUAAAGAAGAUUACAUGAGUGAACAUUGUUCUUGUUCAGGAAGAUGGGAAUGCAUUAUUCCUCAAUCAAGAAUGUUAAAAUCUCUAAAAGUAUUCGGUCAAGUGGCAUCAUACUACAAAUUGGAAGGAUUGACUAGUUCUAUAAUGGAAGUAGGAGUGUAG